AUGGCAGUGGAUGAUUUUGAAAUCAAGCCACCAAGUAGCUACCAUUCACCUGGUCUACUAAGCACGAUGGUGACACGUGAGCGAAGAAUGUCACACUCUUACGCCAUUGCUAGCUCACAGCUGCGAAGGUUGGUCUCAAACAAUCCAGAUAGUGGCACGCCACGUCGACGAAACAGUAUCGAUGAGCGUAUGGCAAUACCAAUGGCGCGCGAGGAUCUGACGCCAGUGGGCGAGAUCGAAGAGUUAAACAUCAACAUUGACGACGAUAAGACACUUAACAACAACAACAUCAACAACAACAACUACUAUCAUACAUCAUCGCCGGCGUCAAGUAGUGCGCCAUUCGCACCAUUUGCACCGGUUGCGCCAGUCUCGUCAUUGGCGCCAAUAUCCUCGCCAGUCGCGCACUCUGUAGCGCACUCCAGCUCAGUUGCCAACAACAAGACACUUACCAACUUGAUCAACUCGGAACAGCCACAAUUACCAAACACUGUUCCAUUCAGCCCCGCGACUCUCCAACAGGGCAGCAUGUUCCCCAUCCCCGAGUCCGAGUCAAUUGGCAACAGAUUCGAUCAGUUCACAAAGGAGUUGACGGGCCUGAAGAAGCUGACGGCGCCAGACAAGACGGGCAUGUAUGUGUACGUCCACCACCUGACAUACAAGGAGAAGGACUUUGCCAACAAGAAGCAGACGGUCAAUCUACUCGAGAACCUGUCAUUCUACGUGAAGCCGCGCGAGAUGACCCUGAUCCUUGGUUCGCCAGGUUGUGGCAAGACAUCACUUUUCAAAGUCCUCUCUGGCCAGACCAAAGAGUCGCAUCUCACCGGCAAACUCCUGUUCAACGGACAUCCAAUCAAUCGCACUAACCAUCAUCGAGAGAUUGCCUAUGUCGACCAAGAUGAUAUCCAUUUCUCCAAUCUCACGGUCAAGGAGACACUUAGGUUCGCACUGGAUUGUAAAGCUCGCGAGGGUAUCACAGACUUGGAGAAGGAGUAUCGAGUGGACCAUAUGCUACACACACUUGGAUUAUGGGAUCAGCGAGAUACAUUGAUUGGUGAUGAGUUUGUUAGAGGCAUCAGUGGAGGACAAAAGAAGCGUGUUACUGUUGGAAUCAAUGUGAUUGUUGGUUGCAAUCUGAUGCUUAUGGACGAGCCCACAACUGGUCUGGACAGCUCCACCUCACUCGAACUGAUUGGCUGCAUCAAGCAGGUGGUCAACACCACCAACACACCGGCCAUGGUAACACUUCUCCAACCAAGCUCACAACUGGCAUCACUCUUUGACAAUCUGAUUAUUCUGUCCAAAGGUCGCAUCAUCUACUUUGGACCUAUGAAGAAGGCUCUGGCCUACUUUGAAGACCUUGGCUUCGUAUGUCCCAAGCAUCACAACCCAGCAGAGUUCUUCCAGGAGAUAGUUGAUGACCCCGAGAGGUUCUCUUACCUCCAUCCACCCAAGUGCCAGUCCUCCGACGACUUUGUGCUGGCCUACCGCGAAUCAACUCUAUAUAAGCGUAUGAUUGAAUCAAUGGACAACUGCCCGAGUGGCAUCAUUGGCAAUGAGGUACCGGUCGAAUCGUUGAAGGACGAGACACAUGAGAAGCAGUUCACAUUGCCACUCAACAAACAGAUUAGAUAUAAUAUCAGACGUGGUGCAACGUUGAUGAUAAGGAACAUUGGUGGUACGGCCACUAGACUAGUACAGGCCUUACUACUUGGCUUUAUUCUUGGUACACUAUAUCUACGACUUGGAUACUCACUGGCUGAUGGUAGUUCAAGAUUUGGUCUGCUCUACUUCACAAUGACCUCAACAAUCCUCACAUCAAUCUCAUCAAUCGGUACAUUCAUGCAUGGUCGCAAAGUAUUCUACAUGCAACGAAGGAAACGGUACUAUGGCACAUUAUCAUACUUCCUGUCAUCAGUAAUAUGUGAUAUACCUUCAAAUAUGAUUGAGAAGUUCGCAUUCAUUACAAUGAUCUACUGGCUCACAGGACUGCGGUCAGAGUUUGGGCGUUAUAUAUUCACUCUAGUCAUGUUCCUUUUGAUGGACUUUGUAACGAAUGGUAUAGUCAAGGCCAUGUCAUCUAUAUCGCCAACACCAGAGAUUGCUACUGUUAUUGUGAUCAAUGAGUUCUCUGGUGCACUGUACCACUGCACCGCCGACGAGUUGCAGCCACCAAAAAUCAUUGCCGAUCGCGAUUUCAAUGGUGUCCAGGUGUGUCCCAUCACCAAGGGCGAGGACUUCUUGAAGACAUUCGAUAUCCACACGGAGAACUACUUCAAGUACAUCUGCAUGGUGAUCAUCAUUGCGUUUGGUCUGGCGAUGCACGUCUUUGCCUUUAUCGGUCUGCGCUAUCUCAACUUCCAGGACAAGCCCAAGGCCAUGGCUGUGGGCGGUGGCCACAAGACCACGAGAACGAAAUUGGGCGCGACCAAGAGCAAGCCCAAGAGCAAAAUUCGCAAGAUGUUGACAUUCAGACGCGAGGGAAUCGAGUUGGACAUGUUGGGCAAGUCGACCGCGGACAUCAAGACAAUCAGCGACGACAAGAAAUCACAUAUCACACCUGUGGGCUGCUACCUUCAGUUCAGCGACCUGUCCUACUCAGUGGACGUCAAGAUAAAGGACGAGAACAAGAAGAAGAAGAAGGUUCAGUUGGAACUUCUAAAGAAUGUGAAUGGAUACGCGCAGCCAGGCCAGAUGCUCGCGCUGAUGGGACCGUCUGGCGCCGGCAAGACCACAUUGCUGGACGUGCUGGCCGGACGCAAGACUGGCGGCCACACCAACGGAGAGAUAUUGUUCAACGGCAAGCCCAAGACCAAGUACUUCCAUCGUGUGUCUUGCUACGUCGAACAGCAGGACGUGCUCUCGGCCACACAGACUGUGGGAGAGGCGAUAAUGUUCAGCGCAGACUGUCGUCUGCCACGCGACACCAGUCCACAGAAGAAACAAGAGCUAUACGAUAGCAUCAUCGACCUGCUCAAUCUGCGCAAGGUCGAGAACUACAAGAUCGGUGUGCUGGGCAAUGGCCUGUCGCUCUCACAGCGCAAGCGUGUCAAUAUUGGCAUUGAGAUGGCGAGUGAUGCUCAACUGUUAUUCUUAGACGAGCCUACAAGUGGCCUGGACUCGGGUGAGGCCUACAAGGUGAUACACUUUGUCUCAAACAUUGCCAAGCAAUUGAAUAGGACGGUCAUCUGCACGGUGCAUCAGCCAUCGGCCGCCAUCUUUGAGAAGUUUGACCAACUUCUACUGCUCAAGAAGGGUGAGGUCGUCUACUUCGGUCCACUGGGACACAACAGCGAGGACAUCCUCAACUAUUGCGCCUCUUAUGGCCUGGAGAUGAAGCCUCACUACAACCCCGCCGACUUUGUCCUGGAGAUCGCCGAGGAGAACAAGCAGAUCAUCAACGCCAAGACCGGCGAGAGCACGCUGUUUGAGGGCCCCAAGGAGUUCCUCGACACGGAGCUGUACCGCGACGGCUGCAACAGGGUGCGUGCGCCAAUGAUGCCCGCUGGCUAUGUCGAGGAGAGGUUCAACAGCCGCUACGCCAGCACGUGGCGCCUGCAGUUCCGCAACCUGAUGGUGCGCGCAUGGCGCAACAAGGCACGCCGUCCACAGGCCUACCUGGCCAACUUCAGCCGCUCGAUCAUCUUGGCCGUUCUGAUGGGCACUCUGUUCAUUCGUAUGGGCUACGAGCAGGUGGACGUGCGCAGUCGUGUCUCACUCAUCUACUUCUCGUUCCUGUUUGCCGGUAUUGUCGCGUAUGGCUCGAUCGUGACUGCGUGUGAGGACCGCGCCAUAUUCUACAAGGAGAAGGUGUCGGGCUUCUACCACACGUCGUGCUACCUGCUCGCAAUGCUCCUGGGCACGCUGCCCUUCCAGCUCAUCACCACCUUCCUUCUGGCCGUGCCCUUGUACUUUAUCAGCGGGCUCAAUACCGGUGAGACGGGUGGUAACUUCUUCUUCUACCUGCUCAUCUAUGUGAUGACAUUCCUCAUGUACGAUGGUCUGGCGCUGUUGAUGGCAUCGCUACUGCCCAACCAGGUGAUUGCCAGUGUAAUCUAUGGCGUGCUCAUGUCCAUGUCGUCACUAUUCGCCGGCUUCAUGAUCACCUACCCAUCGAUUCCACGCGCCUGGCGCUGGAUGCACUGGAUCGAUAUGAUCACCUACCCAUUCGAGGCGGCCAUCACCAACGAGUUUGAGGGCGAGUUCUUUAAGUGCACGGACAAUGUUGGCGCCAUCCCCGUUCCAAUCUCAAUGACACCAAUCACAAUCAAGUAUUAUUGUCCUGUAACAGAUGGCGAGGCAUACCUCUACGAGGUUUAUGAUUUCAAGAUAUCGAUGCGAUAUAUCAAUGUUGGAAUCAUUGGUGGCUACUAUAUAUUCUUUGUCGUGCUAACCUAUAUUGCACUCAAGUUUAUCAGAUGGCAAGUUAAAUAA